CUUCGCCCCUUCUUCUUUCCUUCUCUCUCUCUCUCUCUCUCUUUGGGUGUGUGUGUGAGAAGGAGGAUUUUGUUUGUUCGUUCGUUCGUUCGAAGGUGGAUGCCAGUGGCAGUGGGGUUGAAAGGUGGUUCGGAGAUGGAUUUUCAGGUGGUGGUACUGGCUGGGGGCACUUCCAAGAACCUUGUCCCUCUUGUUUCCGAGGAGGUUCCCAAAGCCCUGCUACCCGUUGCGAAUCGCCCCGUUCUGUCUUAUGUUCUGGACCUUUUGGAGCAAAGUAAUCUCAAAGAUCUCAUUGUUGUGGUUGAAGGGGAAGAUGCGGCUGUUCGAGUUGGAGGUUGGAUAUCCAGUGCUUAUGUUGAUCGUUUACAUGUUGAGGUAGCUGCAGUCUCCGAGGAUGUUGGAACUGCUGGUGCUCUUCGGGCAAUUGGUCACCACUUGACUGCACAUGAUAUCUUGGUUGUUAGUGGUGAUCUUGUUUGUGAUAUUCCACCUGGGGCGGUGGCAGCUGCUCAUAGAAGACAUGAUGCUGCAGUGACUGCAAUGCUAUGUUCAGCUCCUAUUAGUGGGCCAUUAGAGUCAGGUUCCACUGGGGCAAAGGACAAAGCAAAGAAACCAGCGCGUAUUAAUAUCGUGGGGCUGGAUCCCACAAAACAAUUCCUAUUGUUCAUAGCAGCUGGAGCUGAGCUUGAGAAAGAUAUUAGAGUUCAGAAGAGCAUUCUCCGUGCAGCAGGACAGAUGGAAAUGCAUGCUGAUCUGAUGGAUGCUCAUCUGUAUGCAUUCAAGAGGUCUGUGCUGCAAGAGGUACUUAGUCGAAAAGAAUCUUUCGAAAGUUUAAAGCGGGAUGUGCUUCCCUAUCUUGUCAGGAGUCAGCUGCGGUCUGAAUUAUCCUUGGAUAGAGGUCAAGCAGAAGAAAAUGGGAAUGGAAAGAUAGCUUCCUUUGAUAAGAAAGCAAUGUUGUCUCAACUACUGGCUAAUGCAUCUUCCCCAAGUUUCCAUGAGCUCUGUGCCGUGGGUCCUGAUGGACUUGAAUCAGUUCCAAGAAAAGUACAUAAAUGCUGUGUUUAUAUUGCCAACAAGAGCAAGUAUUGUGCACGCUUGAACUCCAUUCAAGCUUUUAAUGACAUAAAUCGAGACGUUAUAGGAGAGGCAAAUCAUCUAUCUGGAUAUUCCUUCUCUUCUCAUAACAACAUCAUCCAUCCUUCUGCAGUGCUGGGUUCAAAAACUACUGUGGGACCACAAUGCAUGCUAGGGGAAGGUUCACAAAUGGGAGACAAAUGCAGUGUAAAACGAUCUGUUCUUGGCCGUCACUGCCGGAUAGGUUCCAAUGUAAAGGUUGUUAAUUCGGUUAUUAUGAACUACGUCACUAUUGGAGAUGGUUGCUCAAUCCAAGGCUCCGUUGUCUGCAGUAAUGUACAGCUCCAAGACCGUGUCGUAUUGAAAGACUGUCAGGUUGGAGCAGGCUUUGUGGUAAGUGCUGGCAGUGAACACAAGGGCGAAUCCUUGGCAAAGAAAGACAAAUUCCAAACUCCGUGAGCGCCUCUAGUUAAAUCAACUUGUGACAUGUUGGGAGAUUGAUCGUUGUAUCUGUCCUCGGAUGGCUUACACCAAUUUUGUCAGUUGCAGCCCCAUUGCAAUUGGAAUUGCCCAUCUUUAGAUAGGGACUCCAUAUUUGCUCCAACCCAAAUUUUUUCCUUCCUGAGUGAAAGUUUAGAUUAUUAAGUAAUAAUAUAGGCUCUGGUGUUGCUGACUGAAGGGUCUAGGCAAAACCCAGGAAAAAAAAAAAAUACCCAUGGGGGUGGGGGCCUGGUUGUAAUUGAAGCCAAAUCAAAAUGGGGUGGAUUUAGAAAGGUUAAUGGUUGUGCUAGACUUUGGGGUUCUUUGGGUAUUGUGAAAAGGGCUAUAAAGCAAAAAUGGCAAUUUGAUUCAAGAAUGUGGAUUGGCUUUUGAAAAAUCUUCAGUUGUGAAUUGAUCACCAUGUCUAAAGUACUAUUUGUCUUUCC